CACCCAAAAAAAAAAACAUGCUGCGGCAUAUGAAAAAUAAACACAAAUCAAUUGAUGAAGCACAAGAAAAUAUUCAAUCAGGAAAUUCUUUUUGUCUUCAAUGUGGAUUUAAAUGUAGGCGAGUUAUGGAUUUAAGAAAACAUUUAUCUACAGUUCAUUUUUAUACUUUUCAGAAAGAAAAAUUAUCAUUUGCUAAUUAUCGAGAAUUUGAAAUGUGGAAAUCAGAUGUUGAAAGUAAUAAUGCAACACAAUAUGUUUUACCUUCUGGUGAAAAGAUUGAUAAAGAUGGUAGGAAAGUAUCAUACUAUCAAUGCAACAGAAGUGGACUUUAUAAAUGCAUGGCGAAAAAAAGACUAGUUAAAAGUAGUGAACAAAGAAAAGUUUUAGAAUUAUUUGCCUACAAAAAACCAACUAUCAGUAACACAUUAACUAUAAAAGAUUUACGUCUGGAUGACAAUUUUCCUCAUCCAGAAAUACUAAAUCAUGAUAUUUCAAUUGUCAAAGAAUUAAUAAACCCAGAUGUGUUUGAAAUGGUUCAGACAAAAUUGCUUCACCUAGAACAAAGUUGGAGUUGUUCUAUAUGCAGUACACCUCAGUAUAAGGAUAUGAUUGAGUGUGAAGUUUGUGAGACGUGGUACCAUUGGAUUUGUGUGUCUUUAUCUGAAACAGUAGGUGAUGUGCAUUGGAUAUGCCAUAAAUGUGAUUCAAAAAAAGUUGUGCGUGUGGAAUAAAUAUACAAAAUAUUGAUUGAGUUAAGUUCACUUGUUUAUUUGUGCUGCUUUUUUUAAUUCUUUCAGCUUCUUUAUAGUACUUAAAUUUCGAGUUUAUGUGUGCAUCAUUAAGUUAUGUUACAAAUAAACUGUUUUAUUAAAAUCUUCUAAUUAUAAUCCAAAUCUUAAUAUAAUUUAUUUUUCUUAUUCUACUGACUAACAGCUUGCAGUUUGAUAAAUAAAGUAAUAAAUGUUUUGAAAAUCUCAACUUCAAAUAACUAAAAAUGUUUUCAAAGUCAUGUUGAGUCCAAUUUCUCAUGAAAAAUUAUCUAUAACUAGAACAUUCUCUAAAUUAAAUUAUUUAUUUGUCUGAUUAACUUUUAAAUUACCCCAAUGCAAAUGUUUUUAACAAUGCCUCAUUUAUUCUGAAUGCAAAUAUUAUUGUUUAAAGGUGAUGAUUUUUAAAGAAGAUGAGGUUAACAUUGCAUGCAAUUGUUACAGUUUAUUUGCAUAUGUUUUAAAUUUAUACUUCAUUUUUAGUUUAUGCCAAAAAUUUGAUAGCGGCAUAGACAUUUAUACCUUUCUGAUAUUAGCAUAUGCAUUGGCAUUUAGUAUUAUGCUAUUUGUGACACUGGUAUAAAUUGCCCUAAUUGUGCUGUUUGUGUCAUGGUGUUAAAUUUUUUUUGACACAACACGCUUAUACCUUUAUGGCAUUGGUAAUUUAGUAUUAUAUAGCCUUUUGUGUAAUCAGUAUAAGUCGUUAGGGUUAUCUUAUAUUUAUAUUCCUUAUAUAAGAUAUAGUUAAACACUAGAGCAAAUAAAUGCUGUGUUAAAAAAUGAAGGAAUUUUGCAACUAAAGACAAUUGCAAUCCAGUUAAAUAAUAAUAUUUGCAUUGUCCUAGAAAAAAAAAAUCUGUUUUAGGAUAGGAUUUUAAAUACUAUUGUGCAUUGUGAAUAAUCUAAUAAGUUAAUAGUUCCUAUGACUCCCCGACCCACGUUUAUAAAAUAUAAGUAAUAUUCAUUAUGUACAAUAGUAUUUAAAAAAAAGAGUUUUUUAUAAACCUGGUAGUAGGGUGACUGUUAAAAAAUUUUUGAAAAAAAUUUAAAAGCUACUUUUAUCAUUUGUCUGAUAUAAUACUAAAACACUACGUUUGAAAUUUUUCUUGAAUAUAAAAUGAUUAUAUGGGUAGCUCCAGACCAUAAUUAUAAUUUAUAUUAUAAUAAUUUGACGGGGUCUUUAAUAUUUUGAAAAUAAAAGUGCUUUUAAAGUAUGUCAACUUGGUACUCAAAAGAAGUGAAAUUGUAUAAAAAUUUUAAAAAUAAUAAUCAAUUUACGUAGAAAUUAUUUUUAAAACUUGAAAUUAUGACUUUAUUUUCAGCUUAAAAACAAUAGUUUUUAUGCAUUAAUGUCUAAAAAAGUUAUCUUUAUGAAAAGCAAAAGUUAUUGCUCAAAAAAAUUUUAAACCUAGUCUAUUAGUAUUAUAUACAUAAUGUUUUUGCUAAACAAGUUUAGCAGAUUUUUUAGAGUGAAGCACUUGCAACAAUUUUGUAGCAGUGGAAGAUUUUAUACAGCCAUGUGUAUUCUAAAUAUUUUCGAGAAACGUACUUCUUUGCACGAUCGAAGAAGUUUUUCAAAUUGGUAUGUCUAUAACAUUUGCGAGCAUGUAAAUCACGAUGUCGCAUGCAUUGUUCGUUUCUGCAUGGUUUUUCAUAUGGAAAUUUAGAAAAUAAUGAGCUAAUUUUAACUUGUAACUGUGUUUUUAAAAAUAAAAAAAAUUUGUUGUA